AGCCAAUGGGAUGGCGGCGCUGUGCUCCAGCUCCCAGAGGUCUUCAUUGAGAAAAGUCGUCAGCCGAGUGUUUAUCCGCGGAGCUGCAGGGGAUGUAGGAGAGGAUCUGCGUCCACUUCGAUUCUACACAACUACCGAGAAACUUCACCUCGCCGGGUGAAGACUGCUGCGACAUGGACGGCUUUUAUGACCAGCAGGUCCCCUUUGUGGUCCCUGAGAGCAAAUGUCCCACAGAGGGAGCAGAGAGAUGCCUCAGCGACAGGAAGAGGAAGUUCAUGGACACAGAGCUGGCUCAGGACACAGAAGAACUUUUUCAAGAUCUGAGUCAGCUCCAAGAAAUUUGGAUUGCAGAAGCUCAGGUUCCUGACGACGAGCAGUUUGUCCCAGAUUUCCAGUCCAGUAACUUGAUGUUUCAUGGACCGCCUGCCAGUAAAGUGAAGCGAGAAUCCAGUCUGCCCAAAGACCUUUCUCCCUGCAGGACGCCUCAGGCCGACAUGUGCCUUUACAGCUACAGUGCCUGUGACAGCAAGCCAGCUCUGCCUGCAGCCCAGUGUGGCCCCAUCCACCCCGCUGCACCUCCACCCCUACAGAGGCAGCUCCAGCCGGCGGCCCCCCAGCUCCCCAGCAGCUGCUCCCCGAGCCACGUUCCCGCCCUCAGCCCCUCCCACCAUCGCAGCCUCCCUCAGGCCCACCAGAACCGGCAGUUCGCUCUGCCGCAUCCUCCCAUCGGCUGCUCCACGGCGUCGUUCAGCACAGAGCAGAGGUUCCAACGGCAGCUGUCGGAUCCCUGCCUGUCCUUCCUCCCCCCAGAGAAAACCACAAACACGGCGUAUCACCCUUCAUGCAGAGACGGCCGGCCUCUGUACCAGCGCCACCUCUCAGAGCCCCUCGUUCCUCCGGGCCCCAGAGGGUUCAAACAAGAACUGGUGGACCCUCGGUAUCCAGACCCGGGGCCUCCUGGACCUGGUCUGACCCGGCCCCAGACCUCCUUCGGCCACGUCACGAUUAAACAAGAGCCAAGAGACUUUGGCUUCGACUCAGAGGUUCAGACCUGCCAGUCGUCUUCAGUUUUUUACCACAACAACAGUGCAGGGUUUGGUCACGACAGAGAGCCACGUUUGUACUAUGACGAUACUUGUGUGGUUCCAGACAGACUGGAAGCAGCUAAAGUCAAGCAGGAGGGUUUGCCGUACCAACGCCGCGGCUCCCUGCAGCUCUGGCAGUUCCUGCUCACGCUGCUGGACAACCCAGCUAACGGACACCUGAUCGUGUGGACGGGACGCAACAUGGAGUUUAAACUCAUCGACCCCGAAGAGGUGGCUCGACUGUGGGGCAUCCAGAAGAAUCGGCCGGCCAUGAACUACGACAAGCUGAGCCGCUCCCUGCGCUACUACUACGAAAAGGGCAUCAUGCAGAAGGUGGCCGGAGAGAGGUACGUCUACAAGUUCGUGUGCAACCCCGAGGCGCUCUUCUCCAUGGCCUUCCCUGACAACCAGAGGCCGAGUCUGAAGGCCGACCCGGACACCGUGGUUCCUCCCAGCGAGGAGGACGGCGUCCCGCUGCCCAGCUACGAGGAGGAGGGUCCCUACCUGGUGGAAGGAGGGGAGCAGUGCGUCCAGGGGCUGGCUUUCCCCGACAGCUUCACGUAUUAGACUCCACGGCCUGGCAGCUGCAGGAAGCGUCUUUAACAGGCUAAAAUUACUGAGCAGUGUUUGAGAUCGUCGGCAUCUUUACCCACAUUAACUGUCACUAAAAAGAAAACUUUAAACGUCUCUUUUGCCAAAUGUUUGGUUUGAAAAAUUAAGAUCUAAUCAGACGCUGGGAACCAGUGGAUCUCUGAGACUGUUAAACUAAAUGCAACCCUCUGUCCGACACUUUUCUGAUUUGGAUCCAUGCGGUGUGGAUUUAGGGUCACAGCUGCAAAAAAAAAAAAAGACAAAUGAGUUUUAAUAUUUUGAGGAGAAAAAAGCAUUAUGAAAUGUCAUAAGUGUGUCAGGAUAAACAUGAAAACAAAUUAAAAUGUCAAAAUCUUCCUGGAAAAAGGCCAUAAAACGUUGAUAAAAUUAAAUUUUCCAAAAAUGUUAUGAAAAAGUCACCAAGUCAGAAUUUUAUCUAAUUAUUUUUGUGAAAACAGCAUGAAGAUUAAAGCUGUCAUUUGACCCGUAAUCACCCACAACAAUCCCUUCUUUUCCUCUGAAAGUUUGACAUUAUUCUUGAGAUAUUUCUGCUUUUAUUUUGGUAAAAUUGUCAACAAGAACUUUUUUUUUCCUCCUCAAAAUCGUUCAACUUGAAGUGUGGCCUCGCGGAUGUCGUGGUGGUGGUGAUUCUGUAGCAUGGCCGUCGCUGUCGUCCUCGCGUAUGUCAACUCUGGGAUCUGUAUUUCAACCAAAAAGUAUCUCAAAGCCAUGGCACACUUGGACUAAUUUACUUCUAAUUGUGUUUCACGUGGAACUUCGACUGCUUGAAAGGGACGUGUAUAUUUUCCAGACCUUACAACCCUCUAAACAUGUACAUUGAAAUGUCUUUUUGUGUACUUUUUCUUGUUUUCAAAGCUAAUAUUUUUGGCAUUCUAUGGACUUGUAAGUUUUUCCUAUUACCGUUUUAUGACAAAGGUACUGCUUCUAUUUUUGAUUCCGUAAUACUGCCACUCUAAUCCUCAGCAUGGACUUUCUUACACCAGUUAAUGUACCCAGAUAGUUUUCUGCAUUUUGUAUAGUUGAGUUGCUUGGAUGUGUAGAAAAAGUGUCUAAUUAUAUAUGGAUAUAUUUUUGCAAAAGGCUGCGUUUGCUUGCUAACGUAUUCCCUCAGCUGUGCGGAUAGAAGAUGGACGUGGUGGUAUAUUUUGCUAAACGAACACGUGGUUGUGUGAGAUGCUGACACUGGCGUGACCUCGACCCUCAGAUGCUGUAUGUGUGCCUUCUGUUGAUCUCUACUGACACAAUAAACUAUUUUACUCUUUU